AUGCCUACUUUUAAGAAAGCCAAGGCUCAAAAUAAGAAGGCUGUCUUGGUUCGAGACAAGUUGUACAUUGAUGGCAAGUUACAUCUGGGACCGGCUGAGAGCCCUGCCAGACAGGAGUCUCUGGAGGAUGAAAUUGAGGAUCAAAUAGCAAACUAUAUGGCAAUUGGUAAAGUAUUCUUAGUGGAAGACUUUACCAGUUGGACCCAGUCCAAACCUGAUUACAUUACAGAUGACAACCUACCCUCCACUGUAACAGAUCAACUAGUAAACAUAGCAUCCUACACUAGUGACUCGGAAGUGCGAGCCCGUGUCAAUCCGUGCUAUGAGAUACAGUUGACAGAUAUUUCACCACCUGAGGACACGUGUUCAUCAAACAGCUGCAAAAACGGUUCUCGUUGGAAAUCUGUAAUGCUGGUACAAAUUCUGAUUGGUGCCUGGGUGAUCCUAGAGAAUGUCCUCACAAUAGUGACGCUGGCAAAAUGUCGACGGAUUAAGACCUUCCUUCGUCUUCUGCUCAUCAAUCAGUCUGUGUCAGACACAAUGGUGGGAUUCUUCUUUACGUACCAUUCUGUUGCUGUCUACAACCAUUUGCACAACCCUACUGAAUGCAUAAUCAGAUGCAGUGUCUUAGCCCUUUCGUCAAGUGUGUCUCUUGUUACUAUCACCGUUCUAUCCAUGGAAAGAAUUAUCGCUGUGAAGUUCCCUUCCCGUCACUACAAACUCGAUGAAACGAGAGUCAUGACCUCAAUCGGCGUGGUCACGUGGCUAUUUCCUGUUUGUGUAGUGUCGUCUGCUUACAGUUUCGCCGACACAAACAUCCAAGAGUGCAACUUCCUGCUUCUUGCUACUUCUAAGAGUCUCUUCGUGUUUGCUACGACAAGCCUUCCCUGUAUCAUCCUCGUCUUUCUCUGCAAUGUUUACAUGUUCUUUGUUGCCAGGCAACAGAUCAGAAAAAUCAUCCCGAACUUCGUGGGUAGAGAGAGAUACAUCAACGAGAUAAAUAUGAAUAUGAAGGCAAUGUUGACAAGUGCAAGCGUCGUUGUCCCAUUUCUCAUACUAAAUACUCCACAAUAUCUCUUCUUCCUGACUGUGGCAGUACGCCCGAACUUACGGUAUUUACGCUCCUCUAUAACUACCCUGAACAUAUUAUUUUCUCUGUUGGUGCUCAACAGUGUGAUCAACCCUAUCAUCUAUGCAUUUCGAGUUGAUGGAAUUCGAGAAACGUUCAUCAAGUAUAUCUGUCGUAAAACGCCCUCCCCCCUUCCCCAAGCCAUAACCAGCUAA